AUGAGGAAGAAUCAAGAUAAAAAAUAGAUUCUUAAAUUUAUUGCAGAAUUCAAUCUAAGAUUAUCGUAAUAAAUUUUCAAUUUCUAUAAUAAAAAUAAAUUAAAAAUGAAUGAAGAAUCAAUUAAGUAAAAUAGUAUUUGA